AUGCAGUCAAUACGAUAUACCUUUUCAUACCUCAGUACAUUACUCCUUUCAAUCCAUGUAUAUGCAAGUGGCGGUGCACCGCUGGCUGAUUUGGGCUACGUCCGCUAUACCGGCUUCACUAAUGAGACGGCGGGGAUAAAUUAUUUCAGAGGGAUUCCAUAUGCACAACCUCCAAUUGGUCAACUGCGCUGGCAAAAGCCACUGCCAAUCGAAGAAUUAAACAGCUUUGCCGGCCAAACGAUCAAUGCAUCUGCGCCAGCAAAAUUAUGCUACCAAGCACAGCCAUAUUCACUGUGGGUUGAUCAGCCAGGCAACCACAGUGAAGGCAACACGACAUAUUGGAAUGAGAACUAUCCACAGUCUGAGGGUUGCCUAGUCCUCAGCGUCCUGGCCCCGAGAUAUCCCGUAAAUAACUCACUCCCGGUCUUUGUUGCCAUUCAUGGAGGCGGAUAUACCCAGGGAUCUGGCCAUAUGAACUCACCCGGUGACGCAAUAGUGCAUAAAAGUAACGGCUCUAUCAUCUACGUCGAAAUACAAUACAGGCUCGGUAUCUUUGGCUUCCUCGCUGGCUCAAGCGUCAUGGAAGAUGGUGUUGCGAAUGCUGGUUUGCUCGAUCAGAGAGCUGCACUCAACUGGGUACAACGACAUAUCAGUGCAUUUGGGGGAGACCCGAACCGGGUCACUAUUUGGGGCGGUUCUGCCGGUGGUGGAAGUGUCAGCUUCCAGCUUAUGGCUGGUGGUGCGUUUGAUAAGCCACCGUUUUCUGCCGCCAUUGUAGAAUAUCCUUGGUGGCAGCCCCUUCCAAGCAUCAGCACCCAAGAAACGCAAUUUCACACAGUCCUCGACAUUGCCAAUUGUACCAGUCUCUCUUGCCUGCGCUCCCAACCCUCUUCUGUCCUACAAUUCGCCAAUCAACAUGCAAUGAACGUGUCCUACCCCUCCCCUGGCACUGGCUUUGGUACAUUCUAUUACGGCCCAGUCGUCGAUGGAUCUUUCAUACCUUACCUCCCAUCCGAAGCCCUCCGGCGCGGCCGCUUCUACACAGUCCCACUCCUUGUCGACCGUGACGCCGAUGAGGGUUACUACUUCUCGAACCUGUCCAUGAACAGCAUAUCCGCCGAAUUAACCGACGCGGCAUAUCUCUUCCCUUCUGCCGGUCGCACCUUCUUUAGCCGACUGCUCACGCUCUAUCCACGUGUAAAUUACGAUACAAUCUUCGCGCAGCGCGCUGCCUGGUUCGGCGAUACUGUCGUCAACUGCCCGACAGCGAGGCUCGCAGCUGCAUUUGUGGACCGCGGCGCCGCUGUGUUUAAGAUGGUCUUCGCGGCUGAUGGUGGAAGACACAGUGCCACUGGCGUGUUUUUGACAGAGGACAGCAUCGGAUUUCCGAAAGCUAAAAACGGGACGCUUGCGGAUAUCAUGUCGGACUAUUGGAUCAGCUUCGCUAAAGAGCAUGAUCCCAACGUCUUGAAGAAUGCGGCGGCACCGAUAUGGCCUUCUUAUGCGAGCGACGGAGAGGCUCUGGAUGGGGUGAAAUUUGAUGUUUUGCGUGUCGAGGACGAAAGGAUUGCGGUACAACAGGAUCCGGAUGCCGCAUCGAAUUGCGAUUUCCUUGCUGCGCAGAGCCAUGUCAUAAGAAACUGA